AUGUCCGGUGUGACAGUUCUUGUCCCCAAUAAUGCCGCUUUCAGUGCCAUCGGGUCUGCCCUGCCCGAUCUGAAAUCGAUCCUGCAAUACCACGUCGUUGAAGGUGUUGGCGGUUACAGCACUGCUUUGGAGAACGUCGCUUCACUAAUGACGACCCAAGGUGUCAAUGUUACCAUCUCCAUUGAAGACAACGACGUCUUUGUAAACAGCACCAGAGCUGUUGUGUCAGACGUUCUCGUGGCCAACGGGGUUAGCUCUGCCAGCGAUGUCCCUUUCACCUCUGGUGUUUCGACUCCAUCCAACACGUUUGUCCACCGAAUCUGCACUGGGUGUCAUAGUAUCCUCAACCACAGUGGCGAAGGAACUGCGAUACCCAUGAAGACGGGAGCUGUCGGAUCUGCAACAUUGUUUGGCAGCGCAUCAUUGGCUAUGAAUCUGUAG